AUGUCGAGUGACCAAAAGCAACUCCGUGUCAUUAUAGUUGGCGGAUCAGUUGCCGGUCUGACCCUUGCGCACUGUUUGUUGAAGAGCAAUAUCGACUUUGUGGUUCUGGAAUCGAAUUGCGAUAUUGCACCACCAGUUGGCGCUUCUAUAGGAAUUCUUCCCAAUGGAGCCCGCAUUCUCGACCAACUCGGUUUAUUCGAUGCCAUUCUUGACGCAACGGAGCCCAUGCAAACGUCCUAUUCCUGGUCCGGUGCUGGUAAGCUCAUAUGCAAAACUGACUCUCCUCAGGUCAUACAUGAAAGGCAUGGUUUUGCUGUCUCCUUCCUGGACCGCCAGACAUUGUUGGAAAUACUUUCCAAGGACUUGAAACUCGGAGAUCAAAUUCAGACAAACAAGAGAGUGACAAAGGUAGAGCAUCUGCCUGAAAAAGUCCGUGUUCACUGCACGGACCAGUCUGUAUUUGAAGGUGAUAUAGUUGUGGGAGCCGACGGUGUCAGAAGCACAAUUCGACAGGAGAUGUGGCGGCACAUGGACUCCAUCAUCCCUGGACAGGCGAGGGAAGAUCGUGCUCUUAUGUCCUCCGAGUAUGCAUGCGUGUUCGGAAUUUCCACCGCAACGCCGGGGCUUAUUCCUGGGCAGAGUCACCGCACAUUUGCGACUGAUUACUCUACAUUGACGAUCGUAGGGAAAGAGGGCCGAGUGUUUUGGUUUCUUUUCACCAAGAUGGACAAAACCUGCUCUGCCUCUGAUAUCCCGAGAUUCAAAAAUGAAGACAUGGAGAAACACAUGGAGAAAUACCUGGAUGUACCCAUCACUGAUACCGUGCCUCUUUCGGCCGUGUAUAAGAAUCAAGUGAGCAAGAACUUUUUGGCGCUCGAAGAGGCCUUUUAUGCAAAUUGGUGCAACGAUCGAUUUGUUUGCAUCGGCGAUUCCAUCCACAAGAUGACCCCGAACAUGGGACAAGGAGGCAAUAGCGCUAUCGAAAGCGCCGCUUCACUUGCGAACUAUCUUACAAAUUUGACUGAAAAAUCAUCGAUUGGGCUAUCGGACAUCAAGAACUGUCUUAUGAAAUGGCAAGACUCUCGUCGACCAAGAGCUCAAACAGUCUCUGCGGCGGCAAAUGGUCUCACUCGGCUGGAAAGUGGUGCAACCCUCAAAGACAGAAUCAUUGCGCAGCACCUCUUACCCUAUAUGAGCCAGUAUCUCAUUGACAAAAUGUCUGACUCGCUGAUGGGUGCUGAAAAGCUAGACUCGAUUCCGCUCCCAACCAGAGCAUCCCAAUGUCCUAUGCCCCUCCACCUUCGGUCGACGGUGAGUGAUGACACUAAAUACUCUGGCCGUGCUCUUUGGACCGCGCCGCUUCUUGGGUGCUAUGUUGCAGCAAACAUCACCAUGGGUGGUGUACUCGGGAAGACGAUUCCCUUCCUGGGGUCUAUCUUGAGACAGGGUACCUGGACGGCCAGCAAUGGAGAAACUGUUAGUUUGACCAGGCCUAUAUACCACAUCCCUCUUCUAGACAACACAUUUGGUCGUCUCAUUACCUGCUUCCUGCCUUCGAUCAGCGGGUCUGAUCCACGAUCAUAUGCGCAAAUGUUCUCUUUCAUGGCUGACAUUGGGCCUGUGUAUGGAAUCUGGCUACUCGAGAGUUAUCGCAAGGGGAGUUCUGGCUUUGACGCCUUGCUACCGAUACUUGCAGGGACCGCGUUCCAAUUGAAAGGAAUCGGUAAAUUUGCCCCGUUAUACUAUGCAAUUGAGUAUAUCCGCAAGCCUCUUUCGAGCAUGCUUCACGCCGACAAUCGCGACAUGAAGAUGACUGCUCUGGCAUCUCUUUUGCCUGCUACCCUGGCUGGAUAUUACCUUCCAACAUUCGCCAAUUUCUUCGCUUCAACUCUCGAAUCACGUCGAUCAUGGAACGCAGCAUGGCAAUUGUUCCCGGUAGUUGUUCCCCUACUACAGCUGCCGUUCCGUAUCAUGGCCAAACCUCAAUCCCCUACAGUCCUCGAGGAAUCGAAGCAGCAGCGCCAAAAGAAUAUGUUCGUCAUCCGCUGUACAUACGGCGCACUCGCAAUGAUUUCGGGCUUGAGCUUCCUCUAUGCCCGAUUCUCGGCUCCGGCGGGCACAUCUCUGGCCGAUAUCUUUUUGCCUAAUUUGCAUGGGCAUACCGAGGCUGUUGGGUCGUUUUCUGAGGGAAUCGCGCGUUUCCUUCAAUACGACCAGGUCAUUUCUAUGGCAUCUGGGUUCGUCUGGCUGGGUCUGAGAUUGCGAGAAUUGAAGCAAUCAGGGGCCCGUGUUUCAUGGUGGAAGUCGACCUGUGCUAUGUUGGGAGCUACUGUGACGGUUGGCCCUGGAGCAGCAUUUGCACUUAGUUGGGGAUGGCGAGAGGAGACUCUCGCUCGGAUGUAG